AUGCAUAUGCCCGGACGUUCAAAUGAAUUGCUCCGAAACAUAGAUGCUUUCAUGGUCUACAUGGACGUCCUAGCAUUAUUUCCAAAAAUCACCAGCCUAUGGAUAAAUCUAUCAACAAUAGCAGAGCUAGAACCAAACCUAAUCCAAGUUAUCUUCACAAAACUAUCAACCAGCCCGGCAUUUCACACACUCAAAAGUCUAAACUUCACAUGCAAACGUGUUGCGAGUUUUAGUCUGCACGAUCUUGCAGGUGCGAGGAAUCAAGACUACUAUGCAGCUUUACCGGAGAAGUAUUACGAAUACUUAGGGCCUCAAAUACGGAGUGGAUAUAACGUGGACCCGCCACCAGGUCCGCCGGGGUUGACGGAGUUGAUCGUUGCUACCAAUCAGUUUUCACUUACUCCGACUCGUAGAGCCGAACCGCAUAUGUCGUUUCUACACCAGUCUUGUGCGAAAACAUUGACCAAACUUCGGAUCAGGAGCGAUGCGGUGUUUGUUGCGCCGGAUCCGAAGUUCGACGUUUCCGAGCAUAACUUUGAUUGGCAGGGGUUGAAACAGUUACAAUUGGAACUUGGACAUACUAAUUUACUCGUUUUGCCGGAGAUCAGAGAUAGGUUUCGUAAUAUUGAGGAUUUGGUGAUAUUGAAACAUGGUGCUUGGUAUGGUGCUAACCAAUGGUUACCCGAUGGAGACGAAACGGUGCCGCGGGAGACGAUGUUAUGUAAUGCCUUCCAGGGGAUGAAGAAUUUGAAGAGAUUAAGACUACCAUGGCCGACUGAUAAUUCCGGAGGGGAUAUAUUUCACAAUAAGAAUCAUAUAUCACCGGAAGGGCUGGAGAAGGCUGUUAAUUGCUGGAUAAGCGGGGGGACGGAGAAAUUGGAAAAAGUGGUUUUUGCAAAGGAUUACCCCGGGAACAAACAGGACCAGCUGCUCCAAUCACUGGUUGGGUUUAAGAUUGUGAAGGAUAGCUAUAUAAGUGCGUUAAAGGGCGAGCUUUGGUGGAGAGUUGAACCUGAGCUGGGAGAAGUGCUGUGUUUUUAUAUUCGGGGAGUUGGGCAACGGUCUAUGGAUGAGUUAUUCCAGGUGCCGCCGGACAAGUAA